GUUAGAUAGAAUGUGUGAAUGCGCCAAUGCAUAAUACACCAUCUCAUUUAUUCAGUAUUUCAUAUAUAUCAUUUGUUGAUGCUAUCACUUUUUGUGUAUUUUUAUGUGUUGUCAACUUACAACCAAACGUAGCGUACAUUGUAUAUUGUCAAAGUUAAAACAUUAACAGAAAAAUAGAGCAAGCAUCAACACAGCUCGUUCACGGACAGUCGGACGUUGUCAUUUGAAAACGGAAGCCAUCUUGUGGCCGAGCUUCCCAUAUUAUACAGGGAAUAAUAGUUCAACGACUAUUUGUCCCGUAAAAUUGUUUCGUACUUUUUCCCUACGUCUAGACUAUGCAUGAAUUAUUGUAUCACAUGUUUACAUAGCCAUGGCUGCGACGAGAAAGUUGCAAGCUAGUCUAAUCGUACCAUUUAGACCUAUUAUCUGUAUAGUCAGAUGUUUGAAACAGUUGUUGCACAAUGUAGUUUACUAAAUGCACUAAUUUAAAGAAAAGUCAAUUAAUUAAAUAAAUCAUCUGUAUAAUCCAAAGUUGUAAGAAGCUUAUAUACUUUCUAUUUAAAUGAGAGGUGAAAUAGAUCGGUGCCUUAAAAAAGUGACGGAGGGUGUAGAAACAUUCGAGGACAUUUGGCAAAAAGUUCAUAAUGCUACGAACAGCAAUCAGAAGGAGAAAUAUGAAGCAGACCUUAAGAAGGAAAUCAAAAAACUCCAGAGGUUACGUGAUCAGAUCAAAACCUGGCUUGCGUCAGGCGAGAUUAAGGAUAAAAGUACCCUGCUCGAUUAUAGGAAGUUAAUCGAGACUCAAAUGGAAAGGUUUAAAGUAGUAGAAAGGGAAACAAAGACGAAAGCGUAUUCAAAAGAAGGUUUAGGAGCAGCUCAAAAACUUGAUCCAGCUCAGAAAGAAAAGGAGGAAGUUAGCAAUUGGCUUGCAAACUCUAUAGAUGCUUUAAAUUUUCAGCUGGAUAAAUUUGAAUCGGAAAUGGAGUCCUUACUCGCUGGAAAAAAGAAAAGGUUAGAUAAAGAUAAGCAGGAUCGGAUGGACGAAUUAAAAGCAAAACUUGAUAAACACCGUUUCCAUAUUCGUAAAUUGGAAACAUUGUUACGCAUGUUGGACAAUAUGUCUGUUGAAGUUCAUACUAUUAAGAGGAUAAAAGAUGACGUAGAGUAUUAUAUAGAAUCUUCGCAAGAACCUGAUUUUGAGGAAAAUGAAUAUAUUUAUGAUGAUAUUAUUGGUCUCGAUGAAGUAGAGUUGUCUGGGGUUGGUAUUCCUUCGUCAGCAACUACCGAUAGCAACAACAGCAAUGAGACUGGAGGUACACCAACCUCAACUAACUCUGGUACUUCUCCCAUACCAUCACCCCCAUUAAGUUCUACCAUGCACAACCAUUCGAGUGAUAGUUCUACGGAUAAUGACAAAAAAACAAAGCCUGUGAAACCGACAGCAGUCAGGCCAUUAUUAAAUUCACAGGCGAGCAUUCCAACCACGGGAAGCACUGCCACUAUAAAAUCGAAUUUAUUGACGAGCAGCACUCCGAGCAAGACCAUUCCCAUGACACCUAGCCAUAACUCGCCUAGUUCUACAAGUCAUCAUAUUGCUACAACUAAUGCAGGCAACUUUGCCACGGUAGCUGCUUCGCAUAGUAAUUCGCAAGCCAUCCAUUCUACCUCUAGUAAAACAUCUUCUCAUAGCAGUGAAAAUGGUUUGUUGUCGUCUUCAUCCACGUCCAGCGUUACCUCCAAUGUGCCACAGACGAUCUCACAGCAGCACAAUAAUCCUGCACCUAUACAGACGACGCAUGUAUUACAUAAUCAACAAAAUCAGAAUCAUAACAGUGAAACUGAAAUGACGACGCCGAUACCACCAUCUUCUUCGCCACAGUCGUCAGUUAGCAGUAUGUCUUCGCCUCCGCCCGCAAAUUCCUGUUCGCCAGCGCCAUCCGCUGCCAAUGGUCUCAUGCCUAAGCUUCCUGAUGGCAUGUCUUCUUUGAAAUCUAUAGCCCAACAAGUAAUUGUCCGAGCAGGUUUGGAAAUACCGCCGUCCGAGUCAAAUAGAAACAUCUUUGAUAGUGCUAUGGCAAAUAAUAACAACAAUAAUGCCACAUCGGAAGUACACAUUCCUCCCCUGCUUGGUGUUGCGCCACUCGGGCCGGUACCUCUUCAAAAAGAACAUCAGCUACAGUUCCAGAUGAUGGAGGCCGCUUACUAUCAUAUGCCCCAUCCGUCUGAUUCUGAACGUUUAAGACCAUAUCUGCCAAGAAAUCUGUGUCCAACACCUCCUUAUUAUCAACAGGUUCAACUUCCCCAUUCUGACACUGUGGAAUUCUUCCAACGUCUUUCUACAGAAACAUUAUUCUUUAUAUUUUAUUACAUGGAAGGAUCGAAAGGCCAGUACCUGGCUGCAAAAGCACUGAAAAAACAAAGUUGGAGGUUUCAUACCAAGUACAUGAUGUGGUUUCAAAGACACGAAGAACCAAAAUUAAUCAAUGAGGAAUACGAGCAAGGUACCUACAUUUAUUUUGAUUAUGAAAAGUGGGUACAAAGGAGGAAGGAAGGCUUUACAUUUGAAUACAAGUACUUAGAGGACAGAGAUUUGAAUUAACAGUCCUGUUACUCACGAAGUCUCCGAAAUGCACUAUUUCUGUACCGGUAUUAUCAAAAAUCGAAAAGACAAAUUUUAUUUUUUACGAUUCUAUAUUUUCACAAAAUAUAAUUUUAUUUAUUAGUAAAGCGUAUCUCAGAAAAAAAGUAAAUGAAACAAAAAAGAUAGAAAAGCUCGUGCAUAGCAGGAAAUGAAGGCACUUCAUUACAUUUCAAUGUUGCGACGGUAAUCUCUUCUAUAUGCAUAUUCCUUUUUGAAACAAAGAAAACAAAAGAAUGCAAAUAUUACAAAAGAUGAAGUAAGUUAAUCGGGGACAGUAAAUUGUAACUGUAAAAAGUAAUGAUAUGAGUGGCACCAGAGACACACUUUUAACAUUUUAGUGUGUGGUGUGUGAUACAAGAAGAAGAAGUUAUACUCGCUGGCGACUGACUGUAAUACCAGUACAAACAUGCGUGCGGCCCAUCUGCCGCUCUUGCAAUGGUAUGUCUUAAUGUUAGAUUAUAAGUAGCCUUUUUGUAUAAAGUAUAUUGAGGUAUAAAAUCCUUAAAUUGAAUUACUGUACAGAAUGUGUAGAAAUAGUGAAUAAUAAUAUUAUGGAAUAUAUUUUAUUUCUCAUUUAAAUGAAACCUAAGUUGUUUCAAUUUUUGUCAUAUCUGGCACAUCUUUGACACCUUGCAUUCGGAACAUUCCAUCCAUUAGAUUUCUGCCCUCGAUCAGGUUAUUUAGCUAUUUUUUACUAUAUCGAAAAAACGAGCCUCGAACUCGUUUAAGUCAAAAGCCCGUUCACCAAGUAUUUAUAGUGGCAUACUUAGAGUAAGCUACUGUUCUACACACCUUGUCAAUUCAUGAAGUCUUGAUUUCAUUCAUUUUUCAGCAGUCUUGAUCGCAACGUAUUGUAUUCAUUGAAUGGCGAUUCGUGAUAAUCACUGUGCAUAUGUAUCUAUGAAUUAUCGAAAAAUAAGGGAGAAAGAGAGUGAAUGAUAGAGGGAGCGAGUGAAAGAGACAGAGCUAUAUUGUACGAAUUUAUUUAUUAUAAAAUGUCGAUAUUACCAAAAACUGAAACAUUUUUAAUGGGAAACAAAAGAAAAAGAAAAUAUCAUUUUCAGUAAUUUCGUAUACAUAUACGUAUACACAUAUACAUGUAUAUUAACUUACCUGUUCGAUCUCCAAAUGUUUCUUAUUAAAUCUUAACAAGGCAGUAUCAACAUUUCGAAUAGAUAAUUUCAGACAAAAGGUCUUUGCUCCAGAGAUUGAAAUGAUUGUGCUUGCACGCGUGCUAUUUAUCAUUAAAAAGCCUUCGACAACGAGAUUAAGCAUAAUUGCAUCCCUUUAACGAUACAGAGAAAAAUCAAGAUUUCUCAUAUGAUUGACUUAGUGCUAGGAUAGAGAUCUACUUACUAAGCAAACAAUAGAUGUAUUCUAAGCAGAUACUAUCAUUACAAACGAAAUUGCGACCGGUAUGUUUACAUAACAGUACCUAAAAACGUUUUUCUUUUCAUCCACUUUAAGACAAUAUUCGAUAUCAUAUAUAUAUAUUUCUAAGAAAAAAACACAAAAAACAAAUGGUGUUGCGGUAAAUGUUGGUUUGCAAGUUCGCAGUACACUUCAGAUAUAUUUUUUUUCUUUCUUUUUAUUAUUCUCAAUAUAUUCUGCAAAAAUUUUACCACGUGAUUACACAUCAUCCACUACUAAUGGCCCUUCAAUAGUGUUCAAUAUGUUAACGUGUAUCGAAGGUGUCAUGCUUGUUAAUAAUAAAUUAACAGAAGUUAGGUCUGGGUUAGGUAAGAUUUACAGAAUUAAAAUAAAUCAAGGAUUAUUCAUUUUAUGCGGCACUACAUUAUUCUCCGGUGCACAUUUUAUGAGAUCCGAUUUGCAAUCCCACAUGUUUGAAAAGAGAUUCAUUCGAUCGUACAAUGUUAUUACGCAAAGAAAAAGAGAUAAGGAUUUGUUACUACUUUAUACAGUUAAAUAACAUUGUAGAGCUCUUAGAAGUCCCAUUAUAAUCAUAAUGUUAAAACGGAACGGUGUUGUUCUGGAGUAUCGUGUACAAUGCUAAUUAAUGAUUUUCUUUAGAAAUUCGGAGGAACAGUUUUUAAAAGAAUUUACAACAGUGUGCUGUGUAUAACACUUUUGCAUUUGUUACAAUGUUUUGUUGCUCUUCGAAUGUAUUACAUGCUCCUAAUCAAUAUCUCGCAUUUUCUAGUAAACCAAGGUUCUGCUUUGUAAUUUAUGUAGAGACAUAUGAACAUGAACAGGAGAUUGAAUUGGUUGUGUAGGUUGAUGAGUUCUGCUUUAUUAAUAUGAGCUAACAGUUAUUAUUACAAGUGAUAAAUGACGCAGGUUAAAAGAUUGUGAUUUUUAUGAUCUAUUUUAUACUUUUAUUUGAAUAGAUAUUUCUUUUGUAUAAAAAAUACUUAAAGAAAUCUAUUAUUACGGAAUAACUGAUGAUUUCCUUAACAUUAAGACAUUUCCCUUUAUUUUACAGCUUAUAAAGUUAAAAUGUUUGGUUUUUGUUUGUAAAAGCUUGAAUUUAUCGUUUAAUUUGAUUAGUUACAUAGUGAUAAAUUGACACUGCGGUAACCGAUUUGUCCAUCAAUGGAAUCCUCUUCUAUUACGAACAGAGUUUCGAAGAUUGCAAAUAAAAAACUUAAAUGUGGUUUUGUAAAUUGACAAUUACUUAAGGAUUUUAAUACCAACUAUGAGUUUUGGAUGCACAUACAUAUGAGAGGAAUGGUGAUCAGAUUUAUAAAUAAAACAAACAACAAUGAUAAUAAAACUAAA